AUGGCGGUGCCGGAGGUGCUGCGGCAGCUGAGCCGCCGAGCCUGGGAGCCCGCGCUGGCCCGGGCGCACCGCGCCGCCGUCCUCAUGGACGCGCCCUCCGCCGAGGCGCUGCACUGGGCCGGCGGGGCGGGCGAGCUGCUGGCGGCCGGGGCGCUGGCUGUCAGCGCGCUGUCCGCCGAGGCGGCGGUGCCGGCGGGGGCGGCCCGCACCGUGAUCGUGCUGAGCGGGACGCUGCGGGGCGGCGCGGCGGCCGCGGUGCGCGGCGUGCUGGAGCGGGGCGCCGUGCGGCACUGCGUGCUGCUGUGCGGCGACGAGGCGGACGGCGGCGGGGCGGCAGAGCUGGAGGAGACCUUGCGGCGGUGGAUGGGCGAGGGCGGCCGCGCAGAGGUGCUGCUGCGGGGCCCGCCGCUCCUGGCGCCCGUCUCGGCGGAGCUGUACCUGCUGCCCGCCCUGGCAGCGCUCCUCCCGCCGCUGCCCGGCCCCGGCGGCCCCGGCCCCGCAGAGGUCGGGCUGGGUGCGCUGCCCGCCGAGCUGCGGGCGGCCGUGCGGGCCCUGGUGGGUGAGCUCGACUCUCUCUUCACCGCCCUGGGCCUGCGGGAGGAGAGCUUCGCUGUGGGGGCCCUUAGCAGGGUGGUCGCCGCUGAGCUGGCAAGCUACGCCUCAGCCAGAAACAGGAGGAGAGCAGCCACCAACAAGGCUUCUGUCAUCUUCGUGGACAGGACAUUGGACCUCGCUGGAGCAGUUGGUCAUCAUGGUGACAAUCUUGCAGAGAAGAUUCUUUCUGUGCUUCCUAAACUUCCUGGCCACAAGACUGAUGUAAUGGUUAACAUGGUGGAACUUACAGCACUGCAGACCACAGAUGAAACUUGCAAUAUUAUAGCACCUGGCUGCUUAGCACAACCAAAUGAUCCAGCUGCCAAAGCUCUCUGGGAGUCUUUCAUGAACCUCAAACAAAAGGAAGCUGUGAUGGAGGCCAGGAGACACCUUGUGGAGGCUGCAAGCAGAGAAAAUUUACCUAUUAAGAUGAGCAUGGGCAGAGUCACCCCCGAACAGCUCAGCUCAUACAUUCAGCUUUUCCGAAACAAUCUCAAAGCUUUGGAGAACCACUGUGGUCUUCUACAGCUUGUGCUGGCCACAGUCCAGACUUUGAAACACCCCCAAACUUCCAAAUGGGACAAUUUCCUUGCCUUUGAGCGAUUACUUCUGCAGACUAUUGGCGAGUCAGAAAUGCCCAGUGUUUUGAACCAGUUAUUGCCAAUGAUCAAGUCUUACAACGAAAGGACAAAAGAUGAUUAUGCCUGUGAGGACUUCCUUGUUUUGCUGAUAUACAUAUAUUCUGUGGUUGGAGAAAUCAAAGGUGGAAAAGAGCUCGACAUAGCUGAAGAAAAAGUGAAAAGGGCCCUUGUCAAGGCAAUUUGUGAUGAGCCAGAGCCAUCUCCUUUGCUGCAGAAAAUUACAGGCUGUGACUCGUCACUGAACCUGACAUCUCAGAAAGCCGCAGAUGCCGUGGACGGUAUCUUCCGGUCCCUCCGGGAUAUUGCCAGGGUCCGAGUGCCCAUGAAACAAUUCCAUUCCAUACAUAAUCCAGGCAGCAACACCCACCAGGCUUCUUACAAACCUCUGCUGAAACAGGUGGUGGAAGAGGUCUGCAAUCCCGAUCGGCCCGAUCCUGUUGAUAUUGAGCACAUUUCAUCAGGCCUCACUGAUCUCCUUAAAACUGGAUUCAGCAUGUUCAUGAAGGUGAAUCGCCCUCACCCUGGUGAUCAUCCUCUUCUGAUCAUCUUUAUGGUUGGAGGAGUGUCAGUCUCCGAAGUCAAAAUGGUGAAGGAUUUGGUAGCAACACGCAAACCUGGUACCCAGGUAAUUGUGCUCUCCUCUGUGCUCCUGACACCACACAGUGCUGUGGAGCUGUUGUUUGCCUCAGACCGUCUCCAGCCUGACGCUAGCAUCUGACGGGGGAGGCUGUGGAGAAGAUGAGUGCCUUGCCUGGAAACAUCAAAUCCCUGCUCUGUCACUCUUCUCAAGAGCCAUCCAAAAACUGAUGUGUCAACUGCUGCAAUUACAGCUGCAGGUAAAACAGCAGGGUAUCUGGCUGCAAGGGAACACCUGCAGCUCAUGGGCAGCUCUUCAGAAUGGUCCAUUUGUCC